GUUGAACGUUGCCAAGUUUUGAAAAGUCUCAGCAUCAACAUUUAAAGGUACUAUCAUGACAUCGAUGACAUUAGUGAAAUACGUGGUGGUUAUUUUCAAUUUUCUAUUUCUGCUUUGUGGCAUGGGAGUCGCCGCCAUGGGUGCUUAUACCAUCGCCAAUGGUGAGCAGUUUGGAGCCCUGGUCGGAGAGAACUUGAUGGAGAGCGGGGCUUACCUGUUACUAGCAGCGGGGGGAGCUGUCAUCUUGGUGUCCAUGGCGGGGUGUUUUGGUGCAUUAGUCGAGAACAAAUGUCUUCUGAUCUUCUAUUUUACGGUCCUGUUAAUCACCUUCAUAUUAGAGGCUGCAGCAGGUGUUGUGGGGUUCCUCUUCUACGGACAGCUGGAGCCAUUUUUGACAAGUAAAGUCAAGGAUACAAUAAGCAGCAAGUAUGGACGCAAAGAGUACAACCUGGUCACUUUAGCUGUGGAUGAACUGCAAAUGGAGUUUGAGUGCUGCGGUUUCAAUUCACCAAGUGAUUGGAAUAACGCCACCUACUUCAACUCCAGUGCGGCUGUGCCUGUGUCCUGCUGUAUAGACAGGAACGCCAACGGCUGCAAUGCGGCCAUCAACAAUAGCACCAUCUACUCACAGGGUUGUUAUACCAAGAUGCUAACGUGGAUCCAAUCCAAUGUCGAUAUGCUGGGAGGAUUUGGCAUCAGUGUGGCCCUUUUCCAGUUACUUGGACUUGGUUUCACAUUCUGCCUGUGUAAGCGUGCUGGAAAAAACAAAAAAGGCGGUCAACGUUCGCCUGGUGACUCCCCACGCUCCCGGCGCUAGGCAGCAUGGAUUGAUCCGCCACCCUGACUGUUCUGAGUGGAUAUCGAUCCUAUAAAAUUUUAGUUUGAAAAUAAAUUAUCAUACUUCUGAGUUUAA